AAAGUCUGCUUUAAGGACACCAACUCUUUUCAUAGACCGCAAAACGCGAUUAAAACUAAGGAAAUUGAAAAGGAAAUUUUAUUUAUAUAAAGAAUUUAGUGCAUUACACCAGAUACAUGAAACAUUUAAAAAUCUUGAGCAGAGACAUAAAAUGAAGGCACAACUCGAGGAAAAUAAAGCCCUAGGGGGCACCUCUAAAACUCAGGAACUCUGCAAGAUCUUGCAAAAACGACUAAACAAGGGUAAAGAAAAUAAUGUUGGCCACUUGGAGCAUGAAGGUAUAAUUUAUGAUGAUCCCCAGAUUAUUUGUGAACUCCUAAACCAAUGGUUCUCCAAUAACACCAAAGCGCAUCCGUCUCCAAUCCUCGAUAUAACCUGCAAGAAUAACUACGAGUUAGGUGAAAUCAACUUUAAUAUGCAAAAUAUAGCAUCAGCGGUAAAGACACUAAAAGCUAACGGUAGUUGUGGGACAGAUGAUAUACCAUCUAUCAUUUACAAAAACGGUGGCUCGGAUAUGAUAGUACUAUUACUUAGAAUAUUCACCCUCUCACUAGUGACUGGAACCUACCCUGAAACUUGGAAAAACACGUAUAUACUACCUAAGCAUAAAGGAGGGGCCAAAACUAGUGCAUGUAAUUAUAGGCCUAUCAAUAUAACACCUGUCAUAUCAAGGAUCAUGGAGAAAGUAAUCAAAGACCAAAUGUCAGACUACUUUCUAAAACACAAACUCAUCAACCAGUCGCAACACGGAUUCCUUGAAAAAAGAUCUUGCGUCACUUGCCAUAUAGACUUUUUCAACGAAGUCACCUAUAGAAGAGAUAGGAGAGAACUAGUAAUUAUCCUCUAUUUCGAUAUCAGGAAAGCCUUCGACAGAGUCCCACAUAGUCUGUUAGUCAGCAGGCUAUGCUCACUAGGGAUACGCAACCCCCUCCACAACUGGAUAAAAUCAUUUCUCAGUGACAGAAAUCAGACAACAAAAAUUGGCUCGAUGACCUCCAGGCCUAGGCCGAUUAGCAGUGGUGUCAUCCAGGGGAGUGUAUUGGGACCCCUUCUUUUCAUUAUAUACAUAAACAGUAUAUGUGAGUGCUUUAGUAUAGGCAAGCCAAUACUGUAUGCAGAUGACUUAAAGGUGAAAUAUACCUGCACAAACACAGAUAUCGGUACAACUAUGAACUCCAUACAUGAAGAAUUAACAAAAAUGGAUAUAUGGUGUGACACCUGGAGACUUGAGUUUAAUGUCGAAAAGUGUGGCUGGCUCUACAUAGGCUGUCCUAACCUAGAACUCGACCUAGCAAUUCAGGGCCACAAAAUCCCUAGACUCAAAUCUGUGCUAGACCUAGGACUGACAUAUUCACACAAUCUAUCAUUUUCUGAACAUAUCUCGAAACAAGUAUCGAAAUCACGCAGGCUUAUUGGUUUCCUACUCAGGAACUUCUACAGAAGUGAAUCCAGAAUACUACUGUACACGGUUUGUGUGCGCCCACUCCUAGACUAUUGUUCAUUCAUAUUUAGUAGUAUACGCAUAGAAGACAAACUAAAAGUAGAAGGAGUACAGAGGUACUUCACGCUGAAAGUAAUCGGAACCGAAAACGGCACAAACUACUCUACCAGAUGUGAAAUUCUAGGACUAGAAACAUUAUGGUUAAGACGACUGCGACUAAAUCUGGUACUCUUCUAUAAACUACUUAACCACAUAGUGUAUACCCCUACUAAUUGUACUCGGUUUCCAGAAGACACUGGAUAUAACCUUAGACACACUAAAGGUACGGUGGCUAUAGAACAAUGUAAAACAGCCACCAGGCAAAAAUUUUUCAUGAUUAGGUAUGCCCAAAUAUGGAAUAAACUACCUGAGGAGAUGCGACUAGCAAGCUCACUGGUGUCCUUUGAAAAAGCUCUUAAUGACACACUAAGUGGGUUUGCAAGUGAUACCAGUGCUCAUUCCCAUGUAAGAGCUUCAGAAAUUAUAGGCCCAUUAAAUGUAUGAACUUAGAGACUACACCUGUUGUUUCUUUUGCCGUUAUCUAUAAUUUCAGACAAAAAAGCAGCAGUCAUGAAAAUAACACCCAUACAAAUAAGAGUCGAUCGAAUUAUGUCUACCUGAUACAAAGCCUGAACCAUAAUCAACAUACGAAUGAAAUAUGAGAAAACAAGGUCGAGACUUACCACAACAUCACAUGGAAGGAUAUAAGUUACUUGGAUAUUAUUUAUAAUCCACCAACUGAUCUCCUUUCCAAAAGGAAUGCGGCGAUACUUUAUCCACAGUGAUGAGGAAAUACAUAAAUCCACAGUUCCCGUUGUAUACACUCAGUGGAGAUUGCAGCCAACAAAGUAGUGCAUUUAAAGCAUAUGCACACUUCCCAUCAUCAUGGCGACACCGCGGAAUAUAUCAAAAUCGCAGAGUAAUCAAACCCAACACGUGAUGUAAUUAACUAAAUCCAAAAGGAAAACAAGUUGUAGUACAUAUUUGAAUAUUCAUCCAUAUGUCGAUCAUGAUGACAAAUCCAAAUCACUACCUAUACAGCGUCAAUAAAUCUGGAUAUCUAUGAAAUGACGAAAAUAUGCUGAUAGCUGCAUCUCAGAUCCCAAUGACUCAUUCGAUGGCAAAAUUCUGCUCCUGCAUGCCUCUUUCGACAUUUUUGUAUGGAUUGGUUCGCAGUUACUCAGGUUCCAGACCGAAAAGAAUAAAAAAUUCACCAGUUGCUGAAUUAUAAUUACUUCUCUGCAUGUUUAACUGGAUACUAACUGCUGUGCUGUGCAGGAUUUUCUUCUCUUCCUGAAAUAGCGUUCAAGCACGUGGUUGUCGCUCAACUUCGAUGGAAACCUUCGUGGAAGAUUUACAAAUUAACAAUUAUAAGAAUCUGUUCCGAUUGCUUGUACUAUAUAAUUCAACAAUUUGAACUUUUUAAAAAAGUGAUAAUCUUAAUAUCCCUUGUAAACGUUGUACUUACCUCAAUAUUGGUUGGUUAUCGUAUGCCUACAACUACGGGUUGAAAACGAAACGAAGUCGAUUUUCCUGCGCAACCUGGAGGACUACUGUUUAAUUCAAUAAUGAUACCACAUGGGUCAGACAAUGAGUGUAUUUAUAUAUAUAUAUCAAAUAUUUAGCUGUUCAAACAUUAUUAAAUUGUAGACAGUCUACUAUUUGUCAUUAUAUCAUACUUGAUCGUGCCUGUAAAAAUGGCAUGCAUUUUCAUGUAAAUUUAUGUUUAUAUGAAAAU